CGCUCGCUAUAGGGAAACGCCGAUCCCAGCCUCAACUCCUCGUAUUCGUAUCCAGCUAUUACAGAGGAGGGGUAUACAGCUGGCGACGAAGGGGGGCGCCAUAAUAUCAGCAGCCAUUCAUAUAAAAGUGUAAUUAAUAUUAAAGAAAGUGAAUGAAGGGUAAAUAAGAAGCGGUUCCGGGUCAGCUCCUGGGAUGUUUACCAUAGUUACAGAAGGCCGGUGCUGUUGCUAUGGGAACAUGGGGUUGCUGUCAGUGUGCGAGUCUCAAAUGUCUGAUUACUGUCAGUAAAGCCGAUAGACUUUGUGGGGAGAAGUCAGUCCUUAUUCUCCUUAACUCAAUGGAACAGUUCCCGAUAACACUGAAAAGCACCGAUGGUAGCGUGGAAUCUGGAAACUGAAGAACACUUUUUAAAAACUUAUCUCAGUAAUCACUUAUUUAAACAGUGACUGCACCAUACAUUGCUGUGUGUCCACAGAUAUACCAUGGCUCAACUGGCAGAGCAUUCAUUAACUUCACACAAGGAUCAUCAUUAUUAUUUUACAAGCAGGUCACCUAUCUGCCCGUAUGUGUGCUCAACACCAAAGGAUUUCGUAGCAGAGAGAAAUUAUUUGGCCCAAACAAUAUUCCCUCAGCUUGUCCACUUCUGUCUUACCAGAGGAACUUAUUUUAAAGCUGUUGAUCUCAAGUGGCCAAUAAUUAAGAGCUCCAGCAAUGAACAUUCUAUAUCUCAUGUACAGACGGAUUAUAUAGCACAUCAGCAGUUGAAGCUCUGUUUGGAUUAUAUUAACAGCUCAUUUCCUUUCUUUAUAUGUAUACUUGGUCACACUUAUGGUGAAUUUUUACCAAAGAUGCAGGUUCCCAUGAGCUCUGCUUGCCUAUCAAACACUUCUGGUCUAUCGGAAAUAGAGCAGAAUCUUAUUGUGGCAGAAAGAGGUGGCUAUCCCUGGGUCCUGGAGGGAAGGAACAAGGAAUGUAGCUUCACAGAACUUGAGGUUAUCCAAGCUACGUCUUUCAAAGAUGCUCAAUUUCAGUACUACUACUUUAGAGAUUACCAAUAUAUUGAAGAACAAUUACUCCAAUCUAAUGAAUAUGAGAAGCAAAGUAUUAUGUCAUCUUUUGCAAGUGCAAAUGAGAAUGAAGAAUUGAAGAUAUGGGAGCUGAAAACCAGCAUAGUGGACAAAGGAUUUCCUGUGAGGUUUUUUAAAACGAAGGAGGAGCUUGGGAGUUUGGUACUGAAAGAUUGGUGUGAUGUUAUAGACAAGCUUUAUCCCCUCAACUCCACUCCUGCAAACAUAGGUCACGAACACAACCUUGCACAAGCGUACCACCAAGCAUAUGUUGAAAGUCUUUGCAAAGAUUUUGUGGACUCGCAAAGAUUGAAGAAGCUUUUCUUGGUCCUUGAUACAUUUGCUAGUGAUAUUCUGAUAAAUGAGCCGCCUGGUAACAUCAGUGGUAAUGUGACUGCAGACAGGUCAGAUGUAAAGUCUAUUCUCCUGUUGCACGGUGAGCGAGGCAGUGGAAAAUCAACAGCAGUUGCAAAAUGGCUGACUUCUUAUAGAAGAUGUUAUCCAGAUGUUACAGUUAUCCCAUACUUUGUGGGAAACAGCGGAAGAAGAGAUAACAUUAUGUGUUUCAUGCAGCAUUGCAUCAUCUUGCUCCAGUGUGAUUACUUUGGAAUCGAAACUAAUGACGUUUAUUCCAAUGAGAACUUCAGUGACAUGUGGGAGUUCCCACUACUUGUUGAGGCUUUUUUGGCAUCUGUUGCACUGAAACCAUGUGUCCUUGUACUGGACGGAGUGGAUGAACUGUCUGGAACUCAUGGUCAACACGCACAGCAAGCAAAGAGGUUUGCAUGGCUUUCUCCCAAACUUCCUCAUCAGUGUAAAAUGAUCAUGACUACCAGGACUUUCCACCUGUCCCACAAAUGUCUGAUGCUACGUUCAGAUGUCCAGAUGGCAGAGUUUGGAGCCAUAACAGAUGUAGAUGAACGCUUGUGCAUCUUUUAUAAGCACCUAGCAAUGCCAAGCAGAAAUGUAGCACAAACCUUGCUGGAGAGCAUUACAAACAAGAAAAAGAAAAUAACAGCUCUUCAUCUCGCAGUCCUGGCAAGUGAGCUACGUAUCUGCCCCAACCUGUCCAGCUGUAGAGACAGCCAUCUGGAACCAGUGUCCACAGAGCAGCUUUGGUCAUUGCUCAUACAUCAUUGGAUCAAACACUACAGUUGGUCAUGUGAAUGGAAAAAGAAGGGUAAAAAAUCCAAACCAAAUUUUGCCAGUGAUGUUCUCAAUACAGGAUGGGUGGUGGAUGUUCUGUGCGUACUCACCACCUCACAUUGUGGCUUACACGAUGGUGAUAUACUCAAGUUACUAAACAGAAUAGGAUACCAACAUCAGUAUGAAGUAACGCCACUGCACUGGGCUGCAUUUCGCUCAGCAACUUCAAAAUGGAUUUGGGAAAAGCCAGAUGGGUUGUUGCAGAUUCGGUACCAAUCCUUUCGUGAUGCUGUUGCCCACUUACUGCUUGGAGUUGCCAUGCCAAUCAGUGAAUGUCUGGAAUAUUCUUCUCAGGUGACAAUGAAUCAUAAAAGAACAUAUUUUCAUCAUCUCCUUCUGAAGCACUUUCAGCAAAUGGAUCUCUCACAUCAGGUGUAUGAAGAAGUGCCAUGGCAUCUGAAGAUGACUGGCAAACUGAAGGAAUUAUACAGAUUUCUUUUAAAUCCAAGGACACUGAGCUUGAUCUGUAGAAACAUGAAGUAUGGAUGUCAGAUGAAGAUGGAUCUGAUUCAGUACUGGCAGACGCUGUUGUACUCAGGAAAAGACCCAGCAGUGGAAUGUGAAAUGUUAUUACACAGAAUAACAGAACACCCAGAUGAAUUGGCUGAUCAGGGCAGAGUAAUGUCCUUUGCUGCCCAGUGCCUUAAAGAAAUUGGUAAGACCAAAGAAGCCCUGGCAAUACUGUCAUCUAUUGAAUGUCUUCUGACGUCAUCGGAAGGCAUAAACAAUAAAGUACUGUUAUGGUCACAGAAAAUUGCUGGAGAUUUGUAUCGAGACAUUGGGUCCUGGCAAGAAGCAAUUCUUUGCUAUAAUAAUGCACUGGAUAACCUUCACUGUUUUACCGCUGAUGACCUAGAGAAUAAUUGCAAAUUGCUGAAACUCAGAGAACGCCUGUUGUGUUUAAAAGCCACCUUGAAUACCAGAAGAUGCUUUGAACAGCGCAGUCAAAUGCUUGAAAACACUAUUGAACAGUUCCACUUAUACACCCAUGGGCCUUAUGAACAGGCUGCUGUGAAACUUUGUAAAGGACUCCAGAGAUUUUCUGUCGGUGACUUGAUUGAAUCAGAGAAAUACUUAGAUGAAUGUUUGGAUAUCAGAAGCAAACUGUACGGCAAGAACCACAUUCUCUGUGGAGAGGUCCAGGAGUACAUUGCUGACAUACAAAGUCAUCCGCAAACCAGCAACUAUUCCCAAAGGUUACAUGCACUUGAAUACUAUAAGAGUGUUAUAAAAAUCAAAGAAGACACUGAAAAAUAUUCCUCAUCCCCGGAAAUUAGGCAGAAUCUCAGACUAAGUCUCAGCAAUACGUUGCUUAAGGCAGGAAAGCUACUAUGUCACAGUGAUUUGGGAAACAGUAAAGAGGCUGUAGAAAUGCUUCAGAGAUCCCUGGACAUCAGAACCAGCAUUGUUGGUCUUGAACAUCCGUUGAGCUGUGAAGUACAAUUCUCUCUGAAGGCAUUCAAAAACAGCAGAAGCAAAGUGCUAGUACUUUCGGGAGUUGAAAACCAGCCCAGAAAUACAAGUGCGAUUGCCCACAGGAGAUUUUUUAAUGUUCACCCAACAGUAUGCCACCUUGAUACUGAAUUUCUCAGAAAAUCUCCUGAGGCUUUACACUCCUUAAUUGACAAUGGAACUGAUGACUUUGUGUUGAGGCACAGUAACAGGAGAGCCCACUCUGCCCACACAAUCCUUCUUAAGAACAGCAAACUAAAAUAUAACGAAGAAGAAGAAUACGCGUGGCAUCAAGAUACUAAUUCAGAAACAGCCUUAAUGUGCCCAAUAUCAAAAUGUAUUGGAAAAAGGCCUGCUUCAGGAAUAAGCUUCUUGCCAAGUACCCUAUACUCUCGCCCAGGCAGUGUGUGUCAGACAUCUAUGUCAGGCCCCCUCAGUGAUAUUUUAUCUUUAGUUUAUCUUAGUAGACCAGUCUCAAAAUCUGAAUGUUUCAAAUUAGUCCAUAAGUCUGCCUGGUACCACGUCCCUGGACGUUAUCCGACGCCUCAGACACCUUUUCCACCCAAGAGACAUCAAGUGCGCAAAGAGAUCGAACUUGGCUGGAAAAACAUUAUGAAGUAGGUAGUAUGUAGGAAUUUGCAUCGAUAACUUGUACUAAGGGCUACAUAGUGAACAAGCAUAGGUGUACGGUAAUCAGUUUGAAAGAUUAGCUUGUUUUAAUAAAAAAAAGUUUAUUUUUAUGGUUUGUUGGCUGUAAAAUGUUUGUUUUCUAUGUAAUUCUGCUUGUGGUUACUG